CGGAUUUAAAACCGCUCACCUGCAUUGCGGACGGGAGAGGAGGUUGCAUUUUUAUUUCUGGGGGAAAAAAAAUAAUAAAUUUAUCGAAAUUCAUCUUCACCGGGAGUCGACAAGCGCAUUCUGGGAGGUAUUCGGGGCAAUUAAUACAAGAAAAUGAAUGAAACAUCUUAUAAGCUGGCCGAACGUCUGGUCCCCACGACCUACCUUCACCAGGCGUCAGAGAGUCGAACUGCGCGGGAGAAGCUGAUCAGAAUUCUCAUGGAACAGCACAAGUGUCCUGAGGAAGGUUGGGAUGAUGCCACCAUCGAGCUGUUUUUGAAUGACCUGGCCCUCAUGGACAGCAAUAAUUUCCCCCAUAAUUGCGGAGUUGGGGAGCGUGAAGCAAGAAUAUAUUCUGGCUUGGUGUCAAAACGACACUAUCGUCUAGGUCAUGGUAUCGGGCGCUCAGGAGACAUUGCAGAGGUUCAGCCUAAAGCUGCAGGCUCAAGUCUCUUGAAUAAGCUUACAAAUUGUAUGGUGUUAGAUGUUAUCAGAGCUACAGGUGCAAGAAAGACAGCUGCUUGCUUGGUGGUUCCUCUUGCAACUGGCAUGAGUAUGGUGCUUUGUCUUUUGACCGUGAGGCAGCAACGACCAGGCGCAAAGUACGUCAUCUGGCCUCGUAUUGACCAGAAGUCCUGCUUUAAGGCCAUUAUCACAGCAGGUUUUGAACCCGUUGUCAUUGAGAAUUGUUUGGAUGGCGAUGAGUUGAGGACAGACGUAGCAGAGAUUGAUCGACAGAUUACAUCCCUGAAGCCUGAAUCCAUUGCUGCAGUAAUGACAACAACAAGUUGCUUUGCUCCUAGGGGGAUUGACAAGCUUGAAGAUGUUGCUCGGUUAUGUUCCAGAUAUGGGGUUCCUCACAUUAUAAAUAAUGCAUAUGGCGUCCAGUCAACCAAAUGCAUGCAUCAUAUUCAGGAAGCUGCAAGGGUAGGUCGUGUGGAUGCCUUUGUGCAGAGCACGGACAAGAACUUCAUGGUUCCAGUUGGGGGAGCUGUCAUUGCAGGAUUUGAUAGUGCUUUCAUCCAGCAAGUGGGCAAGAUGUACCCUGGACGAGCAUCAGGCAGCCCUGUGGUGGACCUGUUUAUCACAUUGCUCUCCAUGGGUAUUAGAGGUCACAAGAAAUUACUAGAAGAUAGAAAGGCACUGAAGAGUCUCCUAACUCAGCGAAUGGAGGGAGUAGCUGAGAAAUAUGGUCUUAGAGUUCUAAAUACCAAAAAUAAUCCUAUUUCCAUUGCUAUGACUCUGCCAGAAAAUAUGAACAUUCCACUAACUGAACUUGGAUCAAGAUUGUUCCUCCGAGGUGUGUCAGGAACAAGAGUCAUUAGAACAUCAGAUGACAAAAUGAUUGCUGGCUCGAGAUUUAUCGGUUGGGGCAGUCAUUCAAAAAGUUAUCCAUAUGCAUACCUGACUGCUGCUGCAAGUAUUGGCAUGACAGAAGAGGAUGUGGAUCUCUUUAUCCAACGUCUUGACAAGUGUCUGGAAAAGUUCACCGGCACAAAAAAUACAAAGGAGACGUACGGAUCGGAGAAUGACGUGACAAGAAGGGAUUCAAAAUCGUACACAAGAGGAAGCAAAGGAGAAAUCAAUGGCUAAGUGUGCAGAUGUUGAAAAUAAAGGAUGGAGAGGAAGAGAUAACCACAAUGGAAAUCAAGUAAAGGUAACUGUUAUCAGUAAUGUUCUCAUUUGAUAACCUACCAACAUGAGGUGGAGAUACUAAGCCAAUAAAUUUUUGCACUUUAUUUACCUUGUAUGAUUUCCAUUGUUACAUGAUGAAGAUAUUUUUUUAUACAUAUUGUUUCCAUGAUAUAGAUACCUAUUUAUUUUUUACACAUGUAUUGCUAUCUUGUGUAUGUAUGUUCACAUAAAUUAUGGGUUACAAUAUGA